AUGGAACCACAUCUCCAAGGAGAUGUUCCACAAGCAAUAAAACCAUAUCAGCAUGAAGAUGUUCCGAGAGCAGUGAGGCAAUACCUCCGUGGAGAUGUUCUGAGAGCAGUGGGAGCACCUGAUCAGCUAAGACACCCUCCACAACAGUCUCUACAACCAAGACCUGAACACUGGCCAUCUUCAGAAUGGAAACCCAAAGUAGAGUCACAGUCAGUGGGAGGACAGCCCCUCAACAUACAGCCAGCUGAUGUGGAAAAAGUCCGAAUACAGCUAGACAGCCUGUCCAUUGGAUCAGCUUCUGGAAGGCAUACAACACCUCCGAGGAGUCAUCCAAUGCCUCCGAGGAGUGAUUCAACACCUUCAGGAGUGAGAUGA